CUGCUUCUCUUUCUGAGGAAAACAAAGCCAGCUAACAUUGGCAGUGGGUGUUUUAGCAUCGUAAAUUUGUACUGCAGCUCGAGUUGGAACAGUGCAGCAGACCAGCACGGACAGAUUUAAAGAUAUGCAGGAGGUUUGAGGGUUCAGAAGCUUUCCUAAUGAUUCAUCAGCAUUAAAGUAACUUUGAUACUUCUUCAGGAUGGCUAGUUGUGGAGAGGUGGACCACUCUGUUAACUCACUUCCAUCCAGUAAGAAGGGCAGCGGCGGCGGAAGUGGGAACAGCGCAGAAUCGUCAUGCUCUGGCUCCAGCAGCUCAUCCCCAGCUUUAUCAGUGCCAGAGUGUGCCAUCUGUCUGCAGAGCUGUGUCCACCCGGUCCAGCUGCCGUGCCAUCACGUCUUCUGCUUCCUGUGUGUGAAGGGAGCGUCCUGGCAGAGCAAGCGCUGCGCUCUCUGCAGACAGGAAGUGCCGGAUGAUUUCUUGGAAAGGCCCACCCUUCUGUCUCCGGAGGAGCUAAAAGCAUCGGCGGGAGGUCGGGGCGGGGCAGCAAGCGAUCACGCUUGGUAUUACGAGGGCCGCAACGGCUGGUGGCAGUACGAUGAGCGGACCAGCCGCGAGCUGGAGGACGCUUUCUCAAAGGGCAAGAAGACGGCAGAAAUGCUGAUUGCUGGGUUUCUGUACGUGGCGGACUUGGAGAACAUGGUGCAGUACAGGCGUAACGAGCACGGCCGCAGGCGAAAGAUGAAGAGGGACGUUUUGGAUAUUCCAAAGAAAGGCGUGGCUGGACUGCGGCUGGACGCUGAGGCGGUUGCUGGGGCUCUGGGGCCAGCAAGUCGUGGAAACUUUGCAGACGGGGCAGAUACGUCCACAGCAGGAGCACAGCAACAGGUUACAGUCGUCCCCUCGACCGACGCGGCCCCCUCAGCCAGCGCCCAGCCUCCCACUUCCCUCGGGGGUCAGCCUGGCCCGAGCUCCAGCCCCUCUCUCGAGGACGCUCUCUCCCAGCUGCAAAUCAGCCCCAGACCUCCGCCUUCUCACGAACGGUCCGAAGCUGGGGAAGGAGAGGGCGAGGAUGGGGAGGAGGAGACGUCCCCCUCCAGGUCUUCGGACCCUCACACCUCCGUGGACGAGUCUGGUUCUGGAGACUGGAGCGACGACGAGGAGGAAGAGGAGGAGGGGGGAGACGGGGAUCCCAUAGAGCAUUGGGAGGACUGGCCGCGGAGACAAAGACUGUCUCCAGAGGACAGAGCCCAGCCCCAUGCAGAGUCGGCCUCUUCCCCGCCGUCGUCCAGCAGCAGCGGGCGGUCCAGAAUGCCCGACGGCCAGUGUACAGUGACUGAAGUGUGAGGUGACCGUUACCACCAUCAACACCCAGUGGCUACGUUCCAGUCCAUUAAUUUAUUCCUGACUUUACGCUGGUCUUCACUCAGUCACACGUCUGAUGUGGGAGGACUGUUUGCUACAAGAGAAACACUCAUUUCUACACGAGCAGGACCGCAUUUUGGUUUUGGUGCUUUCUGAUUCGCGUUGAUCUGGAUGAUGCAAUCAGCUCACAGAAGCUGAAAGACAAAGUGCAGCUUAGCAAACAGACUUACGCAUCAUGAUUAUGGGUCAGGUGUUAUAAGGUCACAAUACAUCUUCAAUGUUCCAAUUGGAUUUUAUUCAGAAACGUAGAACUGAACCCUUAAAAUAUUACAAACUUGUUUUAACUGGACAACAGCCCUCCCUCACAGCAGAGCAAAACGGGACAGUGGCUGAUUUUCAGACCUUUGCGAUGGUAUAUGAGAUCAGCCUCUCAUGUAUCGGCCGACCACCCAAAAUGAAGGAAAUCGAGGCUGAUUUAUCAGUGCACCCCUAACGAUAAUCCACAAAUAAUUAUAUUUUCAGCAUCGUCAAGCAAGUAAAAGGCUAACACGUCUUCUAGGGCUCAGUCGUGUCACUCUGCUUGAUUUGAGUUCAUUGCGUUCAUUUUAAACUCCAGAGAAGUAGGAGCGACAAUGUAAAUGUUUCUGAUUUGUUUCUACUAAGCGUAGCUUUUGGGUUUACAUCCAGUACCCCAGAGGGGCUUCUGGGAGUCCUGGUCAGAUUUGUGACUUGCAGUGAAAACAGGCAUAAUUCAGAGUCAAAUCCUGGAAAUGGAACAGAGUCUGGAUUUUGGAACGGCUGCAUCGUUUUAAUCUACAAUUUGAAUUUUUCUCAGCUAACUGGAGCUCAGGUCAUCUGACUCUCACCACUUCGAGGUAACUCGUCUCCAUCCUACUUCAUCCAUUUUCUUCACGUCUUUAUUUUUAAGCGUUACAGUCAGAUUUUCUUAAACGAAAACUUUUAAUAAUUUCAGAGCAAGUUGUGCUUCAAGGAAUUCAACCUUUCUUUACGGAUGCAGGAAGGCAGGAAGCAAAAAACGGCCUGCAUAUGCUUUAAAGCUGGGUUUGUGGUUAAAGGUCAACUAGUCAUUUAAAAGCCCACAGGUCACAAGACUGUCCGCUUGGUUUAGUUUCAGAUUUAAUUUUGGAAAUGCCACAUUUAGUUCAGACUGAUAAUUGUGCACAUCUGGAGUACAUAUCUGAUUUAUUUUAACUUUACCCAGCCUUAAAGAAUUGGCGUUAAAAUGUGAAUUAGUGUUUUUUUUUUUUUUUUUCAUUUAAUAGCAACUGAAGCGUCUGCAGCUUCCUUAAUGUUCUUAUUGUACUGAGUGAAGAAAUCUCAAAUGUAUCUAAAGUUUUGUGACUUGUGUGUGUUUUGAAGAGGGUUGUUUAGACAUUUCUGGUUGGCAGACUGAUAAAAACAGUUUUGUUUUGUUUUUUCAGUUUGAAUAAAUGUAUUUUGUUUUGUGUAUUUCUUAUGGUGGUAAAUCUGAUCACAUAACAUCUGAGGGAGAAAAAAACACCAUUGCUAUUUGGACAUCCUGCAGAAGUUUUAAGUAAUAUUUUUAUAUUAUCUCAUCGGCUUUUUGACUUUCCAAUCUGAAGAAUAAAGUUUGUGUAACCAGUUUGGCUUAAACGUUUUUUUUUUUCUUGUCUUGUUACUUGUUUGUAAUUUAAGAAUAAACUUUUUCAUUUCAUCCUCCUCAGAUAAUA